AUGCAAUUCACUCGGGGAUCAGCUGUGGUUUCUAGAUCACUGGCGACGCGGUCCAGAUUCCCAGCUGCCGCAAGGAAGCAUCUCUUUAACCGUUCUCUGUCAACGACCUCCAUUUUACGAGAAGAACACAACGCUGGUCAAGAUGUACCUCCGCCAAAACCCAAACGAUUCAACUUCAAGACUUUUGCGAAAGUGCUUGGUGGCGCAACCUUGCUUUCUAUAGCUGGUAGUCUUGGCAUGUUCAUCUACGUUACGCAAAAGGAUCGCCAUCCUGGAACACAACUUCCGUACGACCCCGAAAAGAAGACUAUCGUGAUUUUGGGUAGUGGAUGGGGUGCAACUAGUCUGCUCAAGACUCUUGAUACCUCAGAAUAUAAUGUGGUCAUAAUCAGUCCCAAAAACUACUUUCUUUUUACUCCUCUCCUACCCAGUGUCGCCGUAGGCACUUUGAGCGCCAAAGCAAUUCUUCAACCCACGCGUUAUUUAGCUCGUCAUAAGGCUCGCGCGGUCACCGUCAUUGAGGCUGAGGCUAAGGAGAUUGAUCCUUUCAACAAGACCGUCACUUUUGAAGAUGAUACCGAAAUUAAAGGCGAAGUUUCUCAUACCACCAUCCCAUACGACUAUCUCGUACACGCUGUUGGCGCUGAAGUUCAGACAUUUGGUAUUCCUGGUGUACAAGAGAAGGCAUGUUUCAUGAAGGAACUCAAUGACGCCGAAAUUAUGCAAAGACGGUUCAAGGAUUGCAUCGAAUCUGCUGCAUUUCCUGGGCAAGAUGACGCAGAAAUUGACCGACUGCUUCACAUAGUGAUUGUUGGUGGAGGCCCAACAGGCAUUGAAGUUAGCGGAGAAAUUCACGAUUUCCUGGAGGAUGAUCUGAAAGCAUGGUACCCGGAACUUGCUGGGCGAAUCCGUAUAUCUCUGGUCGAAGCAUUACCGUCGGUUUUGCCCAUGUUCAGCAAGCAGCUCAUUGAAUACACGGAGUCCACUUUCAAAGAAAGUAAGAUCGACAUUCUGACGAAGACUAUGGUCAAGGAGGUCAAGGACAGAUCGGUCGUACUACAGAUGCCAGACAAGUCAAUUCAAGAUGUACCCUGCGGGAUGGUUGUCUGGGCUGGUGGUAAUAAGGGACGAAAAAUCACCCAAGACCUGAUGGCCAAAUAUCCCAGCGCACAGACUAAUAGGCGUGGACUGGUAGUCGAUGAUCACCUUCGUCUGGCUGGAGCCAACGGGUCGAUUUUCGCCAUCGGUGAUUGCACCUCAACCUCGUAUGCUCCUACCGCUCAGGUUGCAUCCCAACAGGGUGCAUAUCUUGCCCGAGUGUUCGCGCAGAUGGCAAAGAAGGAGACCUUGACAGCAAAGUUAACGCAGCUGGAGCAGGCUUCGGUCACAGUGACAGAUCCGGAAGAAAAGGCCAAAUUCGACUCAGAUAUUGGAACAACCAAGAAGCUUAUUUCCAAUGUGAAAGUCAGACCAUUCAACUACUCACAUCAGGGUAGUCUUGCUUACAUCGGUUCCGACAAAGCAAUUGCAGAUUUACCGUUCGCUAACGGUAAUAUCGCCAGCGCCGGUGUUGCGACGUUUCUUUUCUGGCGCAGUGCCUAUCUCAGCACCCUGUUUUCUCUCCGUAACCGGACGUUAGUCGCCAAUGACUGGAUCAUCACAAAGAUCUUUGGCCGGGACUUGAGUCGUGAUUAA